GGCGAUGGUAGCGUAUUGAUAAUUACUAAUGAAAAAGACUCGUAGGUAGUUUUCCAAUUUCAAUGAACAAUACAAAGAUGUGGGGGCACUCGGAUAUAUGAGGAGCUUGGUCAAAGGAGACAGUCUCUUAUCGAAAUACGAGUUGAACAAACAACAUUAAAGACUCUAAAGAAAAAAGGACACUAAGAAAUGCGAAUGACUUGUCAUUUCAUCAGUACAAUAGUAACUUUUCAAUUGUAUUAAUAUGCCUAUGGCACACACAUGAAAAUUAGAUGGGAACUCAUUAUAAAUAGCUGAAGAAGUAAAAGACGAUCACAAAAUAUAGAAUGAAGAUAUAUCUGAUAUUAGGAUCUAUGUUUGGUAUUUUAUAUAACAUCUACAUAACAGAUGGAUUAGCAAUCGAUGUAUUUCCUGAUAUGGAUGAUGAUAUACAAGUGGAUCCAUUUGUACAAGUACUUUACAGGGACGACCUUGAUUCUCACGACCCAGGUUAUACAGCAAUAGAAAGAAGAACUAUAUCAAAGCGACAUUUUCCUAGUAAGAAGAUAUGUUGCGCCAUGGCUAUUAACCGGUGUCAGGGAGUUAAGGGAGUACGUUCUCAUGCGGAGGUGCACUAUUGUAUAAAAACCAUGGAGGGACUACUUUGUGGCAGCGUAGGACUUUGUAAGAAAUUCUUGUUCUGAUCGGGACGUUGAAUGGAUGUAAAUGUACAACCUCUGUCUCCAUUUGAGACAUUAUGGGGACCGACCGUUCAUUAGACUAGAUGCAGAAUAAAACACUACUUUCAUUGCAAAAAGUGUAUUUUGUGAAAGUCCCUUAAAUUGUUUUUCAAAAUAUGUUGCCCAAAAUGUAAACUCUUUUAUAUCAAUUAUAUUCUGAGAAGUUAAGGGUGAGUUUCGAGUGAAUGUAGUUCUCGAGUUAUCGCUAUACCGUAUAUACACGGAUACUGCACUUUUCAAACAAAUUAUCGAAAUGAUCAGUUUAUUAUGGGGACCGAUAAAAACUCGUGAGAGUAGGGGAAAAGAAAAAUCGUAAUUUCGAGGCGGACAUUUUGUUACCCGUUACGGUAACUAGUUUGAAAAGGGCAGUACCAGUGGUAGUUACAAUAUUCUUUAGCUUUGUU